CUCCCCAGGUGACUCCCUGUGCAGCUGAAGUUGAGAAGCACGAUGAGAAGUGCUUAAGAUUGAAACAGUGGCGUGGGCCCACAGGGCUGGCUUGGUGGAAGACCCUCACCCCCUCCCCAACUUGCCUUAGGGUGGUGGGCCUCCAAGUGUGCUUCCUGGACCAGCAGCAGCAGCAGCGUGGCCAGGGAACUUGUUGGAAAUGCAUCCUCUCUGGCUACCUCCCAUACUACUGAAUCAGAAACUCUGAGCUGGGGGCCCAGCAAUCUGUUUAACAGCUUUCCAGGAGAUUUGCAUGCUCCCAACGUUUGAGAACCACAUUCUGGGGCUUGAAUGGUUACCAGGCCCAGAGGUCUGGCUUUCCAGAAGUGGCAUCUCUUUGUUCUUAAACCCAUGCCUACUGUGCUUAACGGGCCAUUUAAGUUGGUUUUUCCAGAGUUAUUUUGACAAUCAAUAGGAUUUCCUCCUUCAGGCUAACUUUAGGACUCCACCAGGUGUUAAGACACGAGCCUCCUCCCCCACAUACACACUCUCCAGAGUAGGUAGCCGCUGUCGCCGUGCCUCACAAUCCCACCCCCACAUACGUCAUAGUGCCCCAGGCGUUCCAGGCACGCGGCGCAGCCGGACGUUCCUCGAAAGUGCAAGCUGAGGGGCGCACUCUGAGCCGGAAUGGGCGACUGGAAAGGCUACAUCAGCGCGGUGCUGCGGGACCAGCGCGUCGACGACGUGGCCAUCGUGGGCCACUCAGACAAUCGCUGCGUGUGGGCAUCGCGGCCCGGGGGCCUGCUGGCGGCCAUCUCCCCGCAGGAGGUGGGUGUGCUCACCGGGCCCGACCGACGCACCUUCCUGCAAGCGGGCCUGAGCGUGGCGGGCCGCCGCUGCUGCCUCAUCCGCGACCACCUGCUGGCUGAGGGAGACGGAGUAUUGGACGCGCGCACCAAGGGGCUGGACGGGCGCGCCGUCUGCGUGGGCCACACGCCGCGCGCGCUCCUCGUACUCAUGGGCCGUCGGGGCGUGCACGGAGGCAUCCUCAACAAGAUGGUGCAUGAGCUGAUCCAAGGGCUGCGUGCGCAGGGAACGUAGCAGGACAGCCAGGCGGCGCCAAAAUAAAGUCUGACCUGGGCGUGGCAGACUCGUGCUUUGGUGGUGUGGGGGGUUGUUGCAGAUGAAGAAACCGGUUUACUGGAAGAUCUUUGCAGAGGGUUACUUGGGGGCGGGCUGAGAUUAUGAGUCCAGAGGCUUCCUUACGUCUCCCCAGGCCAGAGUCUCGGCAUUUUGGCACCUUCUUAGGGUCCUAGAGACACCGCAGCUGAGGAAGAGUCCCAGGGAGUGGCCUUCUCAAACCCUCUAGCUGAGGCUUUACAAUCCUUUCCCACAAAACUUUUUGCACGUCUGUGCAGGACAAACAAUAAACGGAGCCCCCUCCCCCACUCCUCCACUCCUCCCCAGGCUGGAAGCCAGUGUGCCUCUCACUCCUGCCACUUGGCACGAGGAAGCACUAGCAAGGGCUGUGAGUGGAUGACCGGGUGGGGCUGGGAGCUUGGAGAGCAGCUCUGGGGCUC